AUGACCUUUGAGGCCUUCAAACUGAAAAGCCUCUCUGAACAAGUCCGCAACGACUUUAUUAGAGAAGCUGGGGAAAGGUUGCAGGAAUUACUGGUUAGAGAAGCAGAGGAAAAGGCCAAAAGAGAAGAAGAAGAUAAGGCUCGUCUGGAAGAAGAGCAAAAGGUUAGAGAAGCUGCAGAGAAGGCUGUUGCGGCUAUUUCUGAAGCUGAGGCAAAAGCAAAAGCUGAUGCUGAAGAGGCAGCACGCAUAGCUGCAGAAGAAGCUGCAAAGGCAAGCAAUGAUGCUUUGGCUCAGGGGGAGCAAUCAAACUCUGAUUUUGCUCUUCUGGUAAUGAAGACUCUGGAAGAGCUGCAGAAGGAACAACAAAUUGUGAGAGCAAGAUUGUAUCAACAGGACUCCGUCAAAAACAAUAUUCAGAACCUGUUGACUCAGCUGCUCCAAAGGAUGCCUCCGCCUCCAAACCCUUAG